AUGCCUGCCUCUCAGACCCUGAUCGUCGGCGCCGGCGGUGCUGUCGGGAAGCGCCUCACCGCAGCCCUCGCCGCUCGCGGCUCCCGGGUCAUUGCCGCUGACCGGAUGCCGCAGCUCCCUGACUCCAUCACAAGCAUUGCCUCGGUCUGCGUCGGCGGCGUGGACGUGCGCGAUCAAGAGGCGCUCGAGCACGCCGACGCCGACACCACGGUGUGGAACCUGGCGGCGCCGCUCUCGGUGGAGACGGCUCUGGACCCGGCUGUUGCCGAGGCGGUCACGAUGGGCGGCAUGUCAAAGGUGCUCACGGCGAUGCGCGAGGUUGGCGCGAGGCGGAUCUGCUUUACCGAUUCCAUCGGCUCCUUUGGGGCGGAAGCCCCGCGGAGCGGCGCGACGGCGCGUUGGCUGACGGAAAAUCCCACCCAGGACCCAGGAUCCGACUAUGGCAGGCAGAAGCGCGGCUGCCGGGAGCUAAUGGCGGAGUUCGCGUCUGCAGCGGGUGGCGACCCACGGUUUGCGGUGCUACCCGGCGUGCUGCACAGCGAGGCGAUCUGGGGCAACGGUACCACCGAGUACGCUCUUGAUGCGCUCCUCGCGGCGUCCAAGGGGGAGCAGUACGAGUGCCCGGUCGAGCCCGACGUCACCUUGCCGAUGAUUUUUGUCGAUGACUUGAUGCGAGGGCUGCUAGCGCUGCAGGACGCAGAGGAGUCCGCGCUGCACGAGCCCGAGAAUGGGUACGCCAUGCCGGGGCUCUCCUUCUCGGCGGAGGAGCUCUUCGAGGAGAUCCGCCGCCACGUCCCCGACUUUGUGCCGACGACAAAGCUGGAUGAUAACAUGGCCAAGUUUGCACGGCUUUGGCCAGACACCCUCUCGACGACCGAGCCUCUCCGCGACCUCGGCUACGCGCCACAGGUGGCUGUGCCCAAGAUGGUGGAGACCUGCCUGGAGGCGCACGCGUAUCGCAAGAUGCGCGCUGAGGCUUUCUUUCGUGCCAUCGACGCCGACCGGAACGGCCUCCUCGACAAAACCGAGAUCAGCCACUUUAUGGUGACGCAUCUGAUCAAGGGGCGCGAGGAACGGGGAUGGCUCAUCCAGCGCGAGGAUCUGGUUGAGGAGAUGGCCAGUAAGGUGAUCACCGAGAUGGAUCUGAAUGGCGACAGCCUGGUCUCGUCCGAAGAGCUUUUCGAGUGGUGCCGAAGGAACACAUUCAAUGGGCUAGUGGAGCAGUUUGUCCAGGAGAGGGCGUAG